AGGGCUCAUGUUGCAGCCCAGCCAGGCAUGGAAACGCCCCUUUCCUGUAACAGACACUGAACCCGUGAAAAUUUCAAAUCGCUGCUGCUGCGGUAUUUGCAAGGUGCGGGCUGGCUGCACGUGGGGUGCAAGGAGCCUUGGCCAUGGCCACAGAGAGCUCUGGGGUGGAGACCUUGCAAAGGGAGCUGGCUUGCUCCAUUUGUCUGGAGUACUUUCAGGACCCGGUGUCGAUACAAUGCGGACACAAUUUCUGCCGAGCCUGCAUUACUAAGUGCUGGGAGGGAUCGGUUAGAAACUUCUCCUGCCCCCAGUGCAGAAAAACUGCCCGGAAAAGAAACUUCAGGCCCAACAGGGAACUGGCUAGUGUUAUCCAAAUAGCCAAAGGGCUGAGUCUCCAGGCAACCAAAGGCUUGGGAAGGUGUGAGAAACACCAGGAAGCUCUGAAACUGUUCUGUGAAGAGGAUCAAACCCCCAUCUGCGUGGUUUGCAGAGAGUCCCAGGCUCACAGAGCUCACACGGUGGUUCCCAUAGAGGAGGCUGGCUUGGAUUACAAGGAACAAAUCCAGACCUGACUGCGGACCCUGAAGGAAGAGAAGGAAAAGCUGCUGGGAUUUAAAAAAUCUGAAGAGGGGAGAUGCCAGCAGCAUCUGAAACAGACACAAGCCGAGAGGCAGAAGAUUGUGUCUCUAUUUCAACAACUGCACCAGAUGCUGGAGGAAAAAGAGCGACUCCUGCUGGUCCGGCUAAAAGAGUUGGACAAGACGAUUGUGAGGAUACAGAAUGAAAAUGUCACCAAACUCUCCAAGGAGAUUUCCCAUCUCAGUGAGCAGAUCAGUGAGAUGGAGCUGAAGUGCCAGCAGGCAGCAACUGAAUUCCCACAGGGUGUCAGAAGCACCUUAAGCAGGUAUGUGCAAGAAGGGGAGUCCCAGCAGCAGGUGGAAAUUCCUCUUGAGCUGGAGGAGUUCCUCAGUGAAUUCUCUCAGGGGAACAGUGUCAGGAAGACGCUGAAGGAAUCCAAAGUGAAUGUGACUCUGGAUCCAGACACAGCUCACCCCGAACUCACGGUGUCUGAGGAUCGGAAAAGUGUGAGAUGGGGAGACAUGCAGCGGAAAGUGCCUGACAGUCCCAAGAGAUUUGACACUCAGCCCUGUGUGCUGGGCUGUGAGGGAUUCACCUCAGGGAGACACUACUGGGAGGUGGAGGUGGAGGGUGGGGGAUGCUGGGCCGUGGGGGUGGCCAGAGAGUCUGUGAGGUGGAAGGAAGAGAUCAGCCAUAACCCUGAGGGGGGGAUCUGGAUUUUGUCCCAGUGUGUGGGUGAAUACUGGGCUCAGACCUCCCCUCUGACCACCCUCUAUCUGAGCUGGGACCCCAGGAGGAUCGGGCUUUUGCUGGACUACGAAGUGGGGCGGGUGUCUUUUUUCGACGCGGACAACGAGAAACCCAUCUUCACUUUCCUGCCGGCCUCCUUCGGCGGGGAGAGAGUCCGCCCUUGGUUCCGUCUCUCUGGGGAGGACAUGCUGCUCCAGCUAUGUCCCUGAGGCGCAGGGUGGGACAGCUGUCCUGCUCUGCCAGCCCCCAUCUGAAGUGCAUUUCUGGCCUGCCAAAGCAACCUCGAGACUGGAGCGAUCCAUCUAGAUGCAAGAAUGACUUUGACUGGGCUAUUGAUCCCUAUUGUCUAUGAUCCCAGAGGGCUGUAUGUUUCUGCAAAGAAUGAAACGGGGGCAGGGGCUGAAGUAUGAUUUAGUGUAUAAUAAAAGGAGCUCGUCUGUUGCGCUGGGUAAA